AGGGUUCCCAGCGUUACGCCAUUAACAGAACCAGUGGUCCUAAACAUAGCCAAGAAGUACAAGAAGUCUCCAGCACAGGUGUUGCUGCGACACCUCAUCCAGAGGGGCAUUGCAGUUAUUCCUAAAAGUUCUAAUCCAAAAAGGAUAAAGGAAAACAUUGAUGUAUUCGAUUUUGAACUAACUACAGAUGAGAUGGAUGAUCUAAAUGCUUUAGAUAAAGGUCGACGUGCGCGAAUUUUUAAUGAAUCUUCACAGCCAUUUGAUGCUCAUCCAGAAUUUCCAUAUCGCGAUUUUUACUAAAGAACUUAUGAAACUUUCUCAUUGUUAUAUUAUUAUGUUUCUCAAAUUAAACCCUUGUAUAGAGAGUGACGCAUUAUUUGCGUCACAGAAUGAUUUCUAGAAAUACAAGAUGAAAGAACAAAUGUGUUGAAAUAAAGAUAU